AUGAAUAGGGACGGUAAUAUACAGAUUACAAUUUUUUUUAAGAUGUUUAAACAUUUUCUGUCGAUCAUCAGUUUCCAACCCUCACUCUUCCUAUCAUCAGAUCGAAGUAUUAUCUCUUUCUCUUAUUUUCUCUCAACACCCCCCUCUUUUCUUCAUUUUCAUUCUUUUUUUUUUCUAUCGCCGAUUUUGGGCCUGAUUUUUAGUUGCCCUUGUAAAUUAAUUCAUAUUGCAAAACCACGGGUCCUAAACUACUUACCGAGCGGCACCAUCACUUCGCAACACUGUCUUUUUCACUCAUCACUUCACAAACGUUUCCUUUUCUUUCACCAGUUCGCAACACCCAUCCUGUCGUUCAUCAGUUUGCUAACCUCACUUUAUCUCCUUCAGAUUGCACCCCACUGGUUCUCUCAUCAGUUUAUCAACUUUCCCUUUCUCUCCUUCAUUCGCAACACUCACCCUUUCACUCAUGUUUCGUGUUUUGCUCUCUCUCUCUUCAGAUUGCACCCCACUCGUUCUCUUAUCAGUUUAUCAACUUUCCCUUUCUCUCCUUCAUUCGCAACACUCACCCUUUCACUCAUGUUUCGUGUUUUGCUCUCUCUCUCUUCAGAUUGCACCCCACUCGUUCUCUUAUCAGUUUAUCAACUUUCCCUUUCUCUUCUUCAUUCGCAACACCCACCCUUUCACUCAUGUUUCGUGUUUUGCUCUCUCUCUCUUCAGAUUGCACCCCACUCGUUCUCUUAUCAGUUUAUCAACUUUCCUUUCUCUCCUUCAUUCUGCAAACCCACACUUUCACUCAUGUUUUUGUAUCUUGCUCUUUUCUCUCUUCAGAUUGCACCCCACUGGUUCUCUCAUCAGUUUAUCAACUUUCCCUUUCUCUCCUUCAUUCGCAACACUCACCCUUUCACUCAUGUUUCGUGUUUUGCUCUCUCUCUCUUCAGAUUGCACCCACUCGUUCUCUUAUCAGUUUAUCAACUUUCCCUUUCUCUCCUUCAUCUGCAACACUCACCCUUUCACUCAUGUUUCGUGUUUUGCUCUCUCUCUCUUCAGAUUGCACCCCCUCGUUCUCUUAUCAGUUUAUCAACUUUCCCUUUCUCUUCUUCAUUCGCAACACCCACCCUUUCCUCAUGUUUCGUGUUUUGCUCUCUCUCUCUUCAGAUUGCACCCCCUCGUUCUCUUAUCAGUUUAUCAACUUUCCCUUUCUCUUCUUCAUUCGCAACACCCACCCUUUCACUCAUGUUUCGUGUUUUGCUCUCUCUCUCUUCAGAUUGCACCCCACUCGUUCUCUUAUCAGUUUAUCAACUUUCCCUUUCUCUCCUUCAUUCGCAACACCCACCCUUUCACUCAUGUUUUGUAUCUUGCUCUUUCUCUCUUCAGAUUGCACCCCACUGGUUCUCUCAUCAGUUUAUCAACUUUCCCUUUCUCUCCUUCAUUCGCAACACUCACCCUUUCACUCAUGUUUCGUGUUUUGCUCUCUCUCUCUUCAGAUUGCACCCCACUCGUUCUCUUAUCAGUUUAUCAACUUUCCCUUUCUCUCCUUCAUUCGCAACACUCACCCUUUCCUCAUGUUUCGUGUUUUGCUCUCUCUCUCUUCAGAUUGCACCCCACUCGUUCUCUUAUCAGUUUAUCAACUUUUCCUUUCUCUUCUUCAUUCGCAACACACCCACCCUUUCACUCAUGUUUCGUGUUUUGCUCUCUCUCUCUUCAGAUUGCACCCCACUCGUUCUCUUAUCAGUUUAUCAACUUUCCUUUCUCUCCUUCAUUCGCAACACUCACCCCUUUCACUCAUGUUUCGUGUUUUGCUCUCUCUCUCUUCAGAUUGCACCCCACUCGUUCUCUUAUCAGUUUAUCAACUUUCCCUUUCUCUCCUUCAUUCGCAACCUCACCCUUUCACUCAUGUUUCGUGUUUGCUCUCUCUCUCUUCAGAUUGCACCCCACUCGUUCUCUUAUCAGUUUAUCAACUUUCCCUUUCUCUCCUUCAUUCGCAACACUCACCCUUUCACUCAUGUUUCGUGUUUGCUCUCUCUCUCUUCAGAUUGCACCCCCUCGUUCUCUUAUCAGUUUAUCAACUUUCCCUUUCUCUCCUUCAUCUGCAAACACCACCCUUUCCUCAUGUUUCGUGUUUUGCUCUCUCUCUCUUCAGAUUGCACCCCACUCGUUCUCUUAUCAGUUUAUCAACUUUCCUUUCUCUUCUUCAUUCGCAACACCCACCCCUUUCACUCAUGUUUCGUGUUUUGCUCUCUCUCUCUUCAGAUUGCACCCCACUCGUUCUCUUAUCAGUUUAUCAACUUUCCCUUUCUCUUCUUCAUUCAACACCUACCCCCUUUCACUCAUGUUUCGUGUUUUGCUCUCUCUCUCUUCAGAUUGCACCCCACUCGUUCUCUUAUCAGUUUAUCAACUUUCCCUUUCUCUCCUUCAUUCGCAACACCCACACUUUCACUCAUGUUUUGUAUCUUGCUCUUUCUCUCUUCAGAGUGCACCCCACUGGUUCUCUCAUCAGUUUAUCAACUUUCCCUUUCUCUCCUUCAUUCGCAACACUCACCCUUUCACUCAUGUUUCGUGUUUUGCUCUCUCUCUCUUCAGAUUGCACCCCACUCGUUCUCUUAUCAGUUUAUCAACUUCGCCCUUUCUCUCCUUCAUUCGCAACACUCACCCUUUCACUCAUGUUUCGUGUUUUGCUCUCUCUCUCUUCAGAUUGCACACUCGUUCUCUUAUCAGUUUAUCAACUUCGCCCUUUUUCUCCUUCAUUCGCAACACCCACCCUUUCACUCAUGUUUCGUGUUUUGCUCUCUCUCUCUUCAGAUUGCACCCCACUCGUUCUCUCAUCAGUUUAUCAACUUCGCCCUUUCUCUCCUUCAUUCGCAACACUCACCCUUUCACUCAUGUUUCGUGUUUUGCUCUCUCUCUCUUCAGUUCGAUCCCCCGACUCUUUCGUUGAACAGAUUCCAAUCCUCACUCUUUCAUUCCUCAUUUCGCAAAUCUCAACUUUUUCCUCGACAGUUUGGACCCCCCACCCCUUUUCUCUCUUCAGUUCGCAACCCCCAAUCCAUUUGCUCAUCAGUUACUUUUGUAUUUCAAAGCAAAUUUUCCUAUAGUUUUUGUAAUUAUUUUCUUACUUUUCUUUCUGGCGACAUCCGCAUCUGCUAUCCAUCCUAUUCCGCCACACCUGCUAUCCUCUCCCGCCGCAUCUGCUAUCCUAUUCCGCCUCUCCUGCUAUCCUCUCCAGCCGCAUCUGCUAUCCUAUUCCGCCUCAUCCUCCGCCGCUAUCCUCUCCCGCCGCAUCUGCUAUCCUAUUCCGCCUCACCUGCUAUAUCCUCUCCAGCCGCAUCUGCUAUCCUAUUCCGCCUCUCCUGCUAUCCUCUCCCGCCGCAUCUGCUAUCCUAUUCCGCCACACCUGCUAUCCUCUCCCGCCGCAUCUGCUAUCCUAUUCCGCCUCUCCUGCUAUCCUCUCCCGCCGCAUCUGCUAUCCUAUUCCGCCACACCUGCUAUCCUCUCCCGCCGCAUCUGCUAUCCUAUUCCGCCUCUCCUGCUAUCCUCUCCCGCCGCAUCUGCUAUCCUAUUCCGCCACACCUGCUAUCCUCUCCCGCCGCAUCUGCUAUCCUAUUCUGCUAUCCUCUCCGCCCGCCAUCUCCUAUCCUCUCCCGCCGCUAUUCUCCGCCGCAUCUGCUAUCCUAUUCCUCUCCCGCUAUCCGCCAUCUGCUAUCCUAUUCCGCCUCACCUGCUAUCCUCUCCCGCCGCAUCUGCUAUCCCUAUUCCGCCUCACCUGCUAUCCUCUCCCGCCGAAUCUGCUAUCCUAUUCCGCCUCACCUGCUAUCCUCUCCGCCGCAUCUGCUAUCCUAUUCCGCCUCUCCUGCUAUCCUCUAUUCCGCCGCAUCUAUCUAUCUAUUCCGCCUCUCCUGCUAUCCUAUUCCUCCCGCCGCAUCUGCUAUCCUAUUCCGCCUCACCUGCUAUCCUCUCCCGCCGCAUCUGCUAUCCUAUUCCGCCUCACCUGCUAUCCUCUCCCGCCGCAUCUGCUAUCCUAUUCCGCCUCACCUGCUAUCCUCUCCCGCCGCAUCUGCUAUCCUAUUCCGCCUCUCCUGCUAUCCUCUCCCGCCGCAUCUGCUAUCCUAUUCCGCCUCUCCUGCUAUCCUCUCCCGCCGCAUCUGCUAUCCUAUUCCGCCUCACCUGCUAUCCUCUCCCGCCGCAUCUGCUAUCCUAUUCCGCCUCUCCUGCUAUCCUCUCCCGCCGCAUCUGCUAUCCUAUUCCGCCACACCUGCUAUCCUCUCCCGCCGCAUCUGCUAUCCUAUUCCGCCUCACCUGCUAUCCUCUCCCGCCGCAUCUGCUAUCCUAUUCCGCCACACCUGCUAUCCUCUCCAGCCGCAUCUGCUAUCCUAUUCCGCCUUACCUGCUAUCCUCUCCCGCCGCAUCUGCUAUCCUGUUCCCCGCCGCAUCCUCUCCCGCCGCAUCUGCUAUCCAUUCCGCCACACCUGCCAUCCUCUCCCGCCGCAUCUGCUAUCCUAUUCCGCCUCUCCUGCUAUCCUCUCCCGCCGCAUCUGCUAUCCUAUUCCGCCACACCUGCUAUCCUCUCCAGCCGCAUCUGCUAUCCAUUCCGCCUCACCUGCUAUCCUCUCCCGCCGCAUCCUAUUCUCCUCUCCCGCCGCAUCUGCCUAUCUCCUAUUAUCCUCUCCCGCCGCAUCUGCUAUCCUAUUCCGCCACACCUGCUAUCCUCUCCCGCCGCAUCUGCUAUCCUAUUCCGCCACCUGCUAUCCUCUCCGCCGCAUCUGCUAUCCUAUUCCGCCUCACCUGCUAUCCUCUCCAGCCGCAUCUGCUAUCCCUAUUCCGCCACACCUGCUAUCCUCUCCCGCCGCAUCUGCUAUCCUAUUCCGCUAUCCCUUCUCCUGCUAUCCUCUCCCGCCGCAUCUGCUAUCCUAUUCCGCCUCACCUGCUAUCCUCUCCCGCCGCAUCUGCUAUCCUCUCCCGCCGCAUCUCUAUUCCUCACCUGCUAUCCUCUCCCGCCGCAUCUGCUAUCCUAUUCCGCCUCUCCUGCUAUCCUCUCCCGCCGCAUCUGCUAUCCUAUUCCGCCUCACCUGCUAUCCUCUCCCGCCGCAUCUGCUAUCCCUAUUCCGCCUCACCUGCUAUCCUCUCCCGCCGCAUCUGCUAUCCUAUUCCGCCUCACCUGCUAUCCUCUCCCGCCGCAUCUGCUAUCCUAUUCCGCCUCACCUGCUAUCCUCUCCCGCCGCAUCUGCUAUCCUAUUCCGCCACACCUGCUAUCCUCUCCUGCCGCAUCUGCUAUCCUAUUCCGCCUCCUAUCCUCUCCGCCUCACCUGCUAUCCUCUCCGCCGCAUCUGCUAUCCUGUUCGCCUCAUGCUAUCCUCUCCCGCCGCAUCUGCUAUCCUAUUCCGCCUCUCCUCUAUCCUCUCCCGCCGCAUCUGCUAUCCUAUUCCGCCUCUCGCAUCCUCUCCAGCCGCAUCUGCUAUCCUAUUCCGCCUCACCCUGCUAUCCCGCCCUCUCCCAGCCGCAUCUGCUAUCCUAUUCCGCCUCACCUGCUAUCCUCUCCCGCCGCAUCCCUAUUCCGCCUCACCUGCUAUCCUAUUCCGCCUCAUCUGCUAUCCCUAUCCUCACCUCUGCUAUCCUCUCCGCCGCAUCUGCUAUCCUAUUCCGCCUCACCUGCUAUCCUCUCCCGCCGCAUCUGCUAUCCUAUUCCGCCUCUCCUGCUAUCCUCUCCCGCCGCAUUUGCUAUCCUAUUCCGCCUCACCUGCUAUCCUCUCCCGCCGCAUCUGCUAUCCUAUUCCGCCUACCUGCUAUCCUCUCCCGCCGCAUCUGCUAUCCCUGCUAUUCCACCUGCUAUCCUCUCCCGCCGCAUCUGCAUCCUAUUCCGCCUCACCUGCUAUCCUCUCCAGCCGCCGCAUUCUCCUGCCGCAUCUGCUAUCCUAUUCCGCCUCUCACCUGCUAUCCUCUCCAGCCGCAUCUGCUCCUAUUCCGCCUCACCUGCUAUCCUCUCCCGCCGCAUCUGCUAUCCUAUUCCGCCUCACCUGCUAUCCUCUCCCGCCGCAUCUGCUAUCCUAUUCCGCCUCACCUGCUAUCCUCUCCCAGCCGCCGCAUUUGCCUAUCCUAUUCCACCCUCAUCCCUCUCUCCCGCCGCAUCUGCUAUCCUAUUCCGCCUUACCUGCUAUCCUCUCCCGCCGCAUCUGCUAUCCUAUUCCGCCUCACCUGCUAUCCUCUCCCGCCGAAUCUGCUAUCCUAUUCCGCCUACCUGCUAUCCUCUCCCAGCCGCAUCUGCUAUCCCUAUUGCCGCCUCACCUGCUAUCCUCUCCAGCCGCAUCUGCUAUCCUAUUCCGCCUCACCUGCUAUCCUCUCCCGCCGAAUCUGCUAUCCUAUUCCGCCUUACCUGCUAUCCUCUCCAGCCGCAUCUGCUAUCCUAUUCCGCCUCACCUGCUAUCCUCUCCAGCCGCAUCUGCUAUCCUAUUCCGCCUCUCCCGCCGCAUCUGCUAUCCUGCUAUCCUGCUCCCGCCGCAUCUGCUAUCCUAUUCCGCCACCCCUCAUCCCUGCUAUCCUCUCCCGCCGCAUCUGCUAUCCUAUUCCGCCUCUGCUAUCCUAUUCCGCUAUCCUCUCCAGCCGCAUCUGCUAUCCUAUUCCGCCUCACCUGCUAUCCUCUCCCGCCGCAUCUGCUAUCCUAUUCCGCCUCACCUGCUAUCCUCUCCCGCCGAAUCUGCUAUCCUAUUCCGCCUUACCUGCUAUCCUCUCCCGCCGCAUCUGCUAUCCCUAUUGCCUCACCUGCUAUUCUCCCGCCGCAUCCUGCUAUCCUAUUCCGCCUCCCUCUCCCGCCGCAUCUGCUAUCCUAUUCCGCCUUCUCCUGCUAUCCUCUCCCGCCGCAUCUGCUAUCCUAUUCCGCCUCACCUGCUAUCCCUCUCCCGCCGCAUCUGCUAUCCUAUUCCGCCUCUGCUAUCCUCCAGCCGCAUCUAUCCCUAUUCCGCCUCUCCUGCUAUCCUCUCCCGCCGCAUCUGCUAUCCUAUCUAUUCCGCCCACCUGCUAUCCUCUCCCCGCCGCAUCUGCUAUCCUAUUCCGCCUCACAUCUGCUAUCCCUCCCGCCGCAUCUGCUAUCCUAUUCCGCCUCACCUGCUAUCCUCUCCCGCCGCAUCUGCUAUCCUAUUCCGCCUCACCUGCUAUCCUCUCCAGCCGCAUCUGCUAUCCUAUUCCGCCUCUCCUGCUAUCCUCUCCCGCCGCAUCUGCUAUCCUAUUCCGCCUCACCUGCUAUCCUCUCCCGCCGAAUCUGCUAUCCUAUUCCGCCUUACCUGCUAUCCUCUCCAGCCGCAUCUGCUAUCCUAUUCCGCCUCACCUGCUAUCCUCUCCCGCCGCAUUUGCUAUCCUAUUUCCGCCUCACCUGCUAUCCUCUCCCGCCGCAUCUGCUAUCCUAUUCCGCCCUCAUUUCCUGCUGCUAUCCUCUCCAGCCGCAUCUGCUAUCCUAUUCCGCCUCUCCUGCUAUCCUCUCCCGCCGCAUCUGCUAUCCUAUUAUCCUCCUCUCCAUCCAUCUCUAUCCUAUUCCGCAUCCUGCUAUCCUCUCCAGCCGCAUCUGCUAUCUAUUAUCCUAUUCCGCCUCACCUGCUAUCUCCGCCGAAUCUGCUAUCCUAUUCUAUCCUUACCUGCUAUCCUCUCCAGCCGCAUCUGCUAUCCUAUCCCGCAUCUGAAUUUCCUGCUAUCCUAUUCCGCCUCACCUGCUAUCCUCCCGCCGCAUCUGCUAUCCUAUUCCGCCUCACCUGCUAUCCUCUCCAGCCGCAUCUGCUAUCCUAUUCCGCCUCACCUGCUAUCCUCUCCCAGCCGCAUCUGCUAUCCUAUUCCUAUUCCGCCGCAUCUGCUAUCCUAUUCCGCCUCCUAUUCCGCUCCAGCCGCAUCUGCUAUCCCUCUCCUCUCCGCAUCUGCGCAUCCUAUUAUUCCGCCUAUCCUACCCCCUCCUGCUAUCUCUCCAGCCGCAUCUGCUAUCCUAUUCCGCCUCACCUGCUAUCCUCUCCGCCGCAUUUGCUAUCCUAUUCCGCCUCUCCUGCUAUCCUCUCCCGCCGCAUCUGCUAUCCUAUCACCUGUUCAUUUGCUAUCCUAUUCCGCCUCUCUGCUAUCCCUCCAGCCCAUGCUAUCCUAUUCCGCCUCACCUGCUAUCCCUCCAGCCGCAUCCUUCCUGCUAUCCCCUCCGCCGCAUCUGCUAUCCCAUUCCGCCUCACCUGCUAUCCUCUCCAGCCGCAUCUGCUAUCCCAUUCCGCCUCACCUGCUAUCCUCUCCAGCCGCAUCUGCCAUCCUAUCCUAUUCCCGCCGCAUCUGCUAUCCUAUUCCGCCUCUCCUGCUAUCCUCUCCCGCCGCAUCUGCUAUCCUAUUCCGCCUCACCUGCUAUCCCUCCAGCCGCAUCUGCUAUCCUAUUCCUCUCCUGCUAUCCUCUCCCCCGCAUCUGCUAUCCCGCAUCUCCCGCCUAUCCUAUUCCAUUCCCCUCACCUGCUAUCCUCUCCAGCCGCAUCUGCUAUCCUAUUCCGCCUCAUCCUGCUAUCCCUCUCCAGCCGCAUCUGCUAUCCUAUUCCGCCCUCACCUGCUAUCCUCUCCCGCCGCAUCUGCUAUCCUAUUCCGCCUCACCUGCUAUCCUCUCCCGCCGCAUCUGCUAUCCUAUUCCGCCUCACCUGCUAUCCUCUCCCGCCGCAUCUGCUAUCCUAUUCCGCCUCUCCUGCUAUCCUCUCCAGCCGCAUCUGCUAUCCUAUUCCGCCUCACCUGCUAUCCUCUCCCGCCGCAUUUGCUAUCCUAUUCCGCCUCUCCUGCUAUCCUCUCCCGCCGCAUCUGCUAUCCUAUUCCGCCUCACCUGCUAUCCUCUCCAGCCGCAUCUGCUAUCCCUAUUCCGCCCUCUCCUAUCCCAUUCCGCCUCCUGCUAUCCCUCUCCCGCCCUCCAUCCUAGCCUCACCUGCUAUCCCUCUCCAGCCGCAUCAUAUCCUAUUCCGCCUCACCUGCUAUCCUCUCCCGCCGCAUUUGCUAUCCUAUUCCGCCUCUCCUGCUAUCCUCUCCCGCCGCAUCUGCUAUCCUAUUCCGCCUCACCUGCUAUCCUCUCCAGCCGCAUCUGCUAUCCUAUUCCGCCUCUCCUGCUAUCCCUCUCCGCCGCAUCUGCUAUCCUAUUCCGCCCUCACCUGCUAUCCUCUCCCGCCGCAUCUGCUAUCCUAUUCCGCCCUCCUGCUAUCCUCUCCCGCCGCAUCUGCUAUCCUAUUCCGCCUCACCUGCUAUCCUCUGCUAUCCUAUUCCGCCUCACCUGCUAUCCUCUCCCAUCUGCUAUCCUCUCCAGCCGCAUCUGCUAUCCUAUUCCUCAUUCCCGCCUCUCCUGCUAUCCUCUCCCGCCGCAUCUGCUAUCCUAUUCCGCCUCACCUGCUAUCCUCUCCCGCCGCAAUCCUAUUCCUAUCCUGCUAUUCCGCCGCAUUACAUCCUAUUCCGCCUCACCUCUAUCCUCUCCAGCCGCAUCUGCUAUAUCCUUAUCCUCUCCGCCUCAUCUCUGCUAUCCUAUUCCGCCUCCUAUUCCACCUCACCUGCUAUCCUCUCCCCGCCGCAUCUAUCCUAUUUCCGCCCCUCCUCCAGCCGCUGCUAUCCCUAUUCCGCCUCACCUGCUAUCCUCUCCAGCCGCAUCUGCUAUCCUAUUCCGCCUCACCUGCUAUCCUCUCCCGCCGCCUCCUAUCCCUCACUCUCAUCCUCACUCUCCAGCCGCAUCUGCUAUCCUAUUCCGCCUCACCUGCUAUCCUCUCCCGCCGCAUCUGCUAUCCUAUUCCGCCUCUCCUGCUAUCCUCUCCCGCCCAUCUGCUAUCCAUUCCGCCUCACCUGCAAUCCUAUUCCGCCUCUCCUGCUAUCCUAUUCCGCCUCUCCUGCUAUCCUCUCCCGCCGCAUCUGCUAUCCUAUUCCGCCUCACCUGCUAUCCCGCCCUAUUCCCGCCUCUCCUGCUAUCCCAUUCCAUCUGCUAUCCUAUUCCGCCUCCUGCUAUCCUCCAGCCGCAUCUGCUAUCCUAUUCCUAGCCGCAUAUUCCCCUGCCUCACCUGCUAUCCCUCCGCCUCCCGCCGCAUCUGCUAUCCUAUUCCGCCUUACCUGCUAUCCUCUCCAGCCGCAUCUGCUAUCCUAUUCGCCUCACCUGCUAUCCUCUCCAGCCGUCCUAUAUCCUAUUCCGCAUCUGCUAUCCUCACCUGCUAUCCUCUCCAGCCGCAUCUGCUAUCCUAUUCCGCCUCACCUGCUAUCCUCUCCCGCCGCAUCUGCUAUCCUAUUCCGCCUCUCCUGCCAUCCUCUCCCGCCGCAUUUGCUAUCCUAUUCCGCCUCACCUGCUAUCCUCUCCAGCCGCAUCUGCUAUCCUAUUCCGCCUCUCCUGCUAUCCUCCGCCUCAUCUGCUAUCCUAUUCCGCCUCACCUGCUAUCCCUCUCCAGCCGCAUCUGCUAUCCUAUUCCGCCUCACCUUGCUCCUCUCCCAUCCCUCUCCAGCCGCAUCUGCUAUCCUAUUCCGCAGAUCUCCUGUCCUAUCCUCCUCUCCCAGCCGCAUCUGCUAUCCUAUUCCGCCUCACCUGCUAUCCCUCUCCUUCGCCGCAUCUGCUAUCCUAUUCCGCCUCACCUGCUAUCCCGCCCAUCCUCCAGCCGCAUCUGCAUAUCCUAUUCCGCCUCCCCACCUGCUAUCCUCUCUCGCCGCAUCUGCUAUCCUAUUCCGCCUCAUAUCCUCUCCUGCCGCCUGCUAUCCUAUCCUCUCCCGCCGCAUCCCUCUCCAUCCUCUCAGCCGCAUUUGCUAUCCUAUUCCGCCUCUCCUGCUAUCCCUCUCCCGCCGCAUCUGCUAUCCCAUUCCGCCUCACCUGCUAUCCUCUCCAGCCGCAUCUGCUAUCCUAUUCCCUGCUAUCCCUCUAUCUAUUCCGCUGCUAUCCUCUCCCAGCCGCAUCUGCUAUCCUAUUCCGCCUCUCUGCUAUCCUCUCCAGCCGCAUCUGCUAUCCUAUUCCGCCUCUCCUGCUAUCCUCUCCGCCGCAUCCAUCCCAUUCCUAUCCCUAUUCCGCAUCUGCUAUCCCAUUCCGCCUCCUAUCCUCUCCAGCCGCAUCUGCUAUCCUAUUCCGCCCACACCCUAUUCCGCCUCUAUCCUGCUAUCCUCUCCAGCCGCAUCUGCUAUCCUAUUCCGCCCCUGCUAUCCUCUCCCGCCGCCUGCUAUCCUAUUCCGCCUCUCCUGCUAUCCUCUCCCGCCGCCUGCUAUCCUAUUCCGCCUCACCUGCUAUCCUCUCCAGCCGCAUCUGCUAUCCUAUUCCGCCUCACCUGCUAUCUCUCCCGCCGCAUCUCUAUCCUAUUCCGGCUCUCCUGCAUCUGCUAUCCCUAUUCCGCCACUCCUGCUAUCCUCUGUUGCCGCAUCUGCUAUCCCUCCCGCCUCAUCCUAUCCUAUUCCGCCCCUCUAUCCUCCCGCCGCAUCUGCUAUCCCUAUCCCAUUCCUCCCGCCGAAUCUGCUACCUGCUAUCCUCUCCAGCCGCAUCUGCUAUCCUAUUCCGCCUCUCCUGCUAUCCUCUCCGCCUCACCUGCUAUCCUAUUCCGCCUCUCCUGCCAUCCUCUCCCGCCGCAUCUGCUAUCCUAUUCCGCCUCACCCUAUUCCGCCAUCUUUUACUAUUCCGCCUAUCUAUCCUCUCCAGCCGCAUCUGCUAUAUCCUCAUUCCCGCCUCCCGCUAUCCUCCUCCUAUCCUCUCCAGCCGCAUCUGCUAUCCCUAUUCCGCCUCACCUGCUAUCCUCUGCAUCUGCUAUCAUUUGCGCAUCCUAUCCCAUUCCGCCUCACCUGCUAUCCUCUCCCCGCCCUAUUCCGCCUCUCCUGCUAUCCUCUCCCUGCCGCAUCUGCUAUCCUAUUCCGCCUCACCUGCUAUCCUCCGCCGCAUCUGCUAUCCUAUUCCGCCUCACCUGCUAUCCUCCCGCCGCAUCUGCUAUCCUAUUCCGGCCUGCUAUCCUACAUCCUAUUCCGCCUCACCUGCUAUCCCUCUCCCGCAUCGCAUAUUGCUAUCCUGCUAUCCUUCCGCCGCUCCAUCCUAUUGCCUAUCUAUCCUCCAGCCGCAUCUGCCUUACCUCCUAUUCCGCUAUCCUCACCUCACCUGCUAUCCUCUCCCGCCGCAUCUGCUAUCCCUAUUCCGCCUCACCUGCUAUCCUCUCCCGCCGCAUCUGCUAUCCCUAUUCCGCCUCACCUGCUAUCCUCUCCAGCCGCAUCUGCUAUCCUAUUCCCACAUCCUCUCCCGCCUCGCUAUCCUAUUCCUAUCCUCUCCAGCCGCAUCUGCUAUCCUAUUCCGCCUCACCUGCUAUCCUCUCCCGCCGAAUCUGCUAUCCUAUUCCGCCUUACCUGCUAUCCUCUCUCCCAGCCGCAUCUGCAUCCCUAUCCUGUUCCGCCUCAUCCUGCUAUCUAUCCUCCAGCCGCAUCUGCUAUCCUAUUCCGCCUCUCCUGCUAUCCUCUCCCGCCGCAUCUGCUAUCCUAUUCCGCCUCACCUGCUAUCCUCUCCAGCCGCAUCUGCUAUCCUAUUCCGCCUCUCCCAUCCUCUCCGCCGCAUUUGCUAUCCUGUUCCGCCUCACCUGCUAUCUCCAGCCGCAUCUCCCGCCGCAUCUCCAGCCGCAUCUGCUAUCCUAUUCCGCCUCACCUGCUAUCCUCUCCCGCCGCAUCUGCUAUCCUAUUCCGCCUCUCCUGCUAUCCUCUCCCGCCGCAUCUGCUAUCCUAUUCCGCCUCCUCAUCUGCUAUCCUAUUCCUCCCUCCUCCCGCCAUCUGCUAUCCUAUUCCGCCUCACCUGCUAUCCUCUCCGCCGCAUCUGCUAUCCCUAUUCCGCCUCACCUGCUAUCCUCUCCCGCCGCAUUUGCUAUCCUAUUCCGCCUCACCUGCUAUCCUCUCCAGCCGCAUCUGCUAUCCUAUUCCGCCUCACCUGCUAUCCUCUCCCGCCCAUCUGCUAUCCUAUUCCGCCUCUCCUGCUAUCCUCUCCCGCCGCAUUUGCUAUCCCUAUUCCGCCUCACCUGCUAUCCUCUAUCCUCCUCCCAGCCGCAUCUGCUAUCCUAUUCCGCCUCUCCUGCUAUCCCUCUCCCGCCGCAUCUGCUAUCCUAUUGCCCUCCUGCCUUAUCCUCUCCCGCCGAAUCCUAUCCAGCCGCAUCUGCUAUCCUAUUCCGCCUCACCUGCUAUCCUCUCCAGCCGCAUCUGCUAUCCCUAUUCCGCCUCACCUCACUCCUCUCCCUGCUAUCCUCUCCCGCAUCUGCAUCUGCUAUCCCUAUUCCGCCUCACCUCCUAUCCCUCUCCCGCCGAAUCAUGCUAUCCUAUUCCGCCUCACCUGCUAUCCUCUCCAGCCGCAUCUGCUAUCCUAUUCCGCCUCUCCUGCUAUCCUCUCCCGCCGCACCUGCUAUCCUAUUCCGCCUCACCUGCUAUCCUCCCCAGCCGCAUCUGGCAUCCUAUUCCGCCUCUCCUGCUAUCCUCUCCAGCCGCAUCUGCUAUCCUAUUUCACCUGCUAUCCUCACCUGCUAUCCUAUUCCGGUUAUCCUCUCCAGCCGCAUUUGCUAUCCAUCCUGCUAUCCUAUUCCGCAUCCUGUUCCGCCUCUCCAGCCGCCUCACCUGCUAUCCUCUCCCGCCGCAUCUGCUAUCCUAUCCGCCUCCUGCUCCACCUGCUAUCCUAUUCCGCCUCACCUGCUAUCCUCUCCGCCGCAUUUGCCAUGCUCCCGCCUCUCUCCUGCUGUCCUCUCCCGCCCAUCUGCUCCUAUUCCGCCGCAUCUGCUAUCCUGCUCCCUAUUCCUGCUAUCUCUCCAGCCGCAUCUGCUAUCCUAUUCCGCCUCUCCUGCUAUCCUCUCCCGCCGCAUCUGCUAUCCUAUUCCGCCUCACCUGCUAUCCUCUCCCGCCGCAUCUGCUAUCCUAUUCCGCCUCUCCUGCUAUCCUCUCCAGCCGCAUCUGCUAUCCUAUUCCGCCUCUCCUGCUAUCCUCUCCAGCCGCAUCUGCUAUCCUAUUCCGCCUCACCUGCUAUCCUCUCCUGCCGCAUUUCCUAUUCCGGCCUCCUGCUAUCCUCUCCAGCCGCAUCUGCUAUCCCAUUCCGCCUCUCCUGCUAUCCUCUCCAGCCGCAUCUGCUAUCCCUAUUCCGGUGCUAUCCCUCCUCUCCUGCAUCUGCAUUAUCUAUCUAUUCCGUUCCUCACCCUAUCCUCUCCAGCCGCAUCUGCUAUCCCUAUUCCCGCCUCACCUGCUAUCCCUCACCUGCUAUCCUCUCCCGCCCAUUUGCUAUCCUAUUCCUAUCCUCUCCUGCUAUCUCCACCUCUCCUGCCGCAUCUGCUAUCCUAUUCCGCCUCACCUGCUAUCCUCUCUCCAGCCGCAUCUGCUAUCCUAUUCCGCCUACCUGCUAUCCUCUCCAGCCGCAUCUGCUAUCCUAUUCCGCCUCUCCUGCUAUCCUCUCCCGCCGCACCUGCUAUCCUAAUCCUCUCCAGCCACAUCCUAUCCUCUCCCGCCGCAUCUCACUAUUCUGCCUCCCCACCUGCUAUCCUCUCCAGCCGCAUCUGCUAUCCUAUUCCGUCCUCUCCGCCGCAUUUGCUGUCUAUUCCGCCUCUCCUGCUACCUGCUAUCCUCUCCAGCCGCAUCUGCUAUCCUAUUCCGCCUCACCUGCUAUCCUCUCCCGCCGCAUUUGCUAUCCUAUUCCGCCUCUCCUGCUAUCCUCUCCCGCCGCAUCUGCUAUCCCUAUUCCGCAUCUCAUCCUAUUGCUAUCCUCUCCAGCCUAUUCCGCCUCAUCUGCUAUCCUAUUCCGCCAUCUGCUAUCCUAUUCCGCCUAUCCUCUCCCGCCGCAUUAUCCUAUUCCGCCUAUCCUAUUCCGCAUCUGCCUCACCUGCUAUCCUCUCCCGCCGCAUCUGCUAUCCUAUUCCGCCUCACCUGCUAUCCUCUCCAGCCGCAUCUGCUAUCCUAUUCUAUUCCGCCUCCUGCUAUCCUCUCCCGCCGCAUCUGCUAUCCCUAUUCCGCAUCACCUGCUAUCCUCUCCCGCCGAAUCUGCUAUCCUAUUCCGCCUCACCUGCCUAUCCUCUCCAGCCGCAUCUGCUAUCCUAUUCCGCCUCUCCUGCUAUCCUCUCCCGCCGCAUCUGCUAUCCUAUUCCGCCAUCACCUGCUAUCCUCUCCCGCCGCAUCUGCUAUCCUAUUCCGCCACCUGCACCUGCUAUCCUCUCCAGCCGCAUCUGCUAUCCUAUUCCGCCAUCCAUUCCCUGCUAUCUCUCCCGCCGCAUCUGCUAUCCUAUUCCGCCUUACCUGCCAUCCUCUCCCGCCGCAUCUGCUAUCCUAUUCCGCCACACCUGCUAUCCUCUCCCGCCGCAUCUGCUAUCCUAUUCCGCCACACCUCUCCCUAUCCUGCUCCAGCCGCAUCUGCUAUCCUAUUCCGCUAUCCUCUCCAGCCGCAUCCAUCCUAUACCCCUCCCGCCGCAUUUGCUAUCCUAUUCCGCCUCUCCUGCUAUCCUCUCCCGCCGCAUCUGCUAUCCUAUUCCGCCUCACCUGCUAUCCUCUCCCGCCGCAUCUGCUAUCCUAUUCCGCCUCACCUGUAUGUAUAUGAUAUCCUAUCUAUAUAUUUCAUUCUAUUCAUAUCUAUCUAUCUAUCUAUCUAUCUAUCUAUCUAUCUAUAUAUCUAUCUAUCUAUCUAUCUAUCUAUCUAUCUAUCUAUCUAUAUAUAUAUAUAUAUAUAGAGAGAGAGAGAGAGAGAGAGUAUUUUAUUCCAAAGAUAUCAGCGAUAAGUGGCAAAAAAAAAUUGAAAAUUUUUCUUUAUUGUUCUUCUUCGCUCCCUUCUUCUUUUUGUCUUCCUCUUCUUCUCUCCCUUCUUCUUCUCUUACUUUUUCCUUCUCUUCUUCUUCUUUUUUCUUCUUCUUUUUUCUUCUUCUCUUCUUCUUCUCUUCAUUUUUCCUUCUCUUCUUUUUUCUUCUCUUCUUUUUUCUUCUUCUUCUUCUCUUUCUUUUUCUUUCUCUUCUUCUUCUCUUCCCUUUUCUUCUUCUUCUCUCCCUCCUUUUCUUCUUUCUUUUUCUUUUCUUCUCUUCCUCCUUCUUCUCUUCUAUUUCUUCUUCUCCUCUUCUUUCAUCUUCUCUUCUUCUAAUGCCUUGUUUAUUUAUCUUCGACAUGGAAGGUGUGCACAGUCAGCCGAUUAAACGGGUUCAGGAGAGCCUCGUCCUUCUCAACACCGUUCGGUAUUUAUCUUUCACCGUUCCGCCAGCUAACGCAGAAAGUUCGACAGAAGGUUGCGCACUCAACACCGUUCGGUAUUUAUCUUUCACCACGGAAAGAAUUGGCACAAAGGCCGGUUUUUAUCUAUCCCCGAGGAGAGUCCAUUACCGAUUAAAGAAUAGGCUUGUCACGCCCCAUUAUUUUCUUUCUUUCUUUCUUUCUUUCUUUCUUUCUUUCUUUCUUUCUUUUCACACUUUAAAUGCCGCAUCGUUUCUCUUUUCUUUUUUUAUUCUUUCUUUUCUUUUUUUUUGCUUUCUUAGUUUCUCUCCUUCUAUUUCCCAUUAUACCUUCUCUUUCUUCUAUUUUUACUUUUUUUCUUUUUUCCUUUUGCCAGCAACAAUCGUUUCUCUUUUCCUUAUUCUUUCUUUCUUUCUUUCUUUCUUUCUUUCUUUCUUUCUUUCUUUCUUUCUUUCUUUUUCUCAUUCAACUUUCGCUUUCUACUCAUUUUCCUUUCUGUCUUCUUUCAUAUCAGCGCUGGAUGUGCGGAUCGUGUAA